AUGUCGACUGAAGAAUUAUUUGAAAAUGAUUAUUUUAUUAUUAUAGGUAAUGUAUCUGAUAAAGAUAAACUCACCGAUACAAUUGAAGAGUGUGGUGGCAUUUAUUCAAAAACAUUAAAUAAAAAGACCAAUUUAGUAAUUUGUAAUGAUAUUGAUGAUGAAAAUAAUAAAAAAGAAUUAGAAAAAGUUAAAUCAGAUAUUAAAAUUGUAACAGAAAAGUUUGUUACUAAUUCAUUUUUAGAAUCAAGAAGAUUAAAUGUUGAAGAUUUUAUUUCAAAAUCAAAGAAUGGAGAUGCAGAUACCACAAAUUCAAAAUCAGUAUUGGGUAAAAGAAAUAAAAGAGAAAGUGAUGGCAUCGAAAUUGAUAAACAAUGGAUAGGAACAUUAUUUUAUACAACUACCCAGGAUGCCUAUCCAUUUGUUUGUAAUAUAUUAAAAAGGGAUGAUGAUGAAAAAGAAGGAAAAUCAACUAUUCAAGGUACAUUUAAAUGGAUUAAUUUGAAUGAUGCAGAAACUGCUUUUACUGCUGAAAUUGAGGGUGACACAAUUAAAAUAAAUGAACAUACUCUCCUUACCAAAGAUAAUGAUCAAGUCGAAUUACCAAAUAAAUAUGAAGCUAAAAUCGUUCAAGGUUUAAAACUACAAAUCAAAGGAUCAAUUGUUUAUGAUGACCCAGAAGAUCAAAAAAAUGAAGACCUCAAAAAUACUUUUAGUUUAACUUUAAAUGGCCCAAUUCCAAAUAAUAAUAAUAACAAUACCUCUGCCACCACCUCAACCUCGGCCCCAAUGUCUGUUGAUACUGCCAAACCAGUUUCCACACCAAAACCACCAUUAGAUUUAGACUAUUUGGUUGACGGUGCCUCAUUUGAUGGAGAUUAUGAAACUCCAUACAAAUUCUCAUUAAAAGUUACAAGUAGAAAGAAUGAAAAAGAUAUUGAAGGUAUCGUCGAAUGGGUAGAUUUAAAAACAAAAACCAAAUUCAAGGGUACUCUUGAAAAAGAUAUGACUGUUACAAUAACAGAGAAUGAAAUUAUCAGCGGUGAUGGAAUCGAUUUACCAAUCAUUUAUAAAGGAAAGCUCACAUCCACCAACAAUUCCAACGAUAUGGAUUUAAUUUCUGGAGACUACUCUGUAAAUACAACUCCAACCGGUACUUUUACUUUAGAGUUAAUUGUUUAA